CAUCCCAAUUUUAGGAUCAGUGACCGUCGCUGAGAACAUGGGAGAUUCACCGAAAGCAUCUGGCUCACGUUUACCAUCACCAUUCUCACCCCCUUCAGAACCACGAAUUCGGAAAAGGAGAGGAUCAAGCAAAAGCUCUGGAGCUUAUGGAAGCGACGAAAGUUACAGUUCCCGACCGAAACUUGGGAGGUAUGGUGGAGAUCAUGUUUCAAAUUGGAAUACUUCUCAGUUAGAAUCGUUUGGAAUCUUUUAUGAUGUAAAAGCAACAGAACUGUCUGAGUUAUAUAAAUCAGCCCUGGAAAAGAUGUAUUCGUGGGCAGUCGGGAAUACUGCGUUUUUGACUAAACUUCUUCAGAUAAAGGAAGUUCUGAUUGAAUCAACGAAAAAAUGCAUGCAUAGCUUAGAUGUCGAUGAAGACUUUGAAAUGGAAAACUUGCGUUUACCGGGUAUAAUAGAAGAAACCAAAAAAUGUAUGCAGACAAUGGCAAAAAUUAAAGAGGAAAUGUCACUGAAAUUUGGAUCUGCAGCAUCAUCAGAUAAUCUUUCCCGGGACCUUUAUAGCAUUUGGUUUACUGGGAUUUCGGAGUAUGUUCAGUAUUAUUCUGACCUAAUAAAAGAAUUAAAUUCUGAAGGAAGAGGUGGAGUGGAAGGCCAAUUCAGUCAGCUUCUAACAUUCUUCAGCAAGAUAUUCCUGAUGAACCCUACGAGAGGAGAUGCUUCACAAAAAGUGCAAAUGACACUUAAUGGGAUAGAAACAACUAGUGUUCCAGAUCUAAGAUACAGGAUGCAGGGAGAUCUAUCUGUUGGAAAUAUAGCAUCUCUUGUGACAGUGUCUGUUGGAGAGGUGAAGACAUGCUUACCUGUUGCAUAUGGUGAAAAAACUACCACUGAUUUCAAUAUCACAAAAUGGAAGUUUAGAAACCAGUCUGUUGAGAGAUUGCUAGGACAGCAUGGAGGAGAGCUUUUAGUGGAAACAAAGAAGUCUGUUAUAGCAGAUACAAAUUUAGGAAUAAUUUGUGUUAAGACCAUGAUCAUUUUCACACAUUUGGAUUGGGAGAAGGGGCAUUUGGUAUGCUUGAAAUAUGGCACAAAGGUGGACGAUAAAAGAAGUAACAUUCAUUACUCAAAGCCUUACAACUUUUUAGUUAGAAAAGAACGAGAAGAAAUUUUGGAUACAAUGUUUAAUCUUGGUUUGCUCUGCAGAGUUAGAAGUUUACUCACAUAUCAGGAAUAGCUACAUACACAUUUUGCCUUUUUGAGUUAUCAAAGGGGCAGGGACAUAGAUUUGAAGCUGAUAUUUUUCAAAAUUUUUGGUAUAAUAUCAUAGCUUACCUUUUAGACUGACAUUUUAUGAAAGAAUGUUAAAAAACUUUAAUAUCUUAGAAUUAUAUAGGAAUUUUGAGUGUGUUUGACUGCCAGACAUCCUUGCAUUUUUUCAAACUAAAAUUCAGCCUUAGAAUUAAAAAAAAAGUGGAAAAUCUGUCAUGUGUUAAUAAAUACUAUUAAAACUAUAAUCAGGAAAGUCAGAAUUAAAAUGUAAAAAGCAAUCCAAUACACCAGUGUUGACAGUUCUUGUUCGGUGAUAUGUGCAGUGUUAGCAAAACCCACACACCAAGUAAAAUGUCAACCCGAAUUUUAAGAUUUUGAUGUAAGUUCAAAUCAUUGAACUGGAAUUGUUUCUUGAAUAAGAAUAG